ACGACACCAACGCUGCUCCGCCGUCUGUCUUAUAGACGUCCGCUCCUUUGCCCUUUUCGCCAUGGCGCAGGUUGGUCGCUACCGCUUUCUUACGAUAGCGGUGAUUUUUCACUUAAUCUACAUUUACAGCAUCUUCUCGAUAUACUUUGUUAGCCCAGUUGUUCAUGGCAUGCGAGAGCACCGUCUGGAGAAUAAGGAAGCACCUGCGAAAAGAUUGGUGCUGUUUGUGGGAGAUGGUCUACGCGCGGACAAGGCCUUCCAGUCGUUUCCUGACCCUGACCCUGCAAACAGAGGUUCAGAGGACGCAAAGGUACCCCGGCCUCUCGCGCCGUUCCUGCGCUCGCGCGUUCUCGAUCACGGCACGUUCGGAGUGUCUCACACUCGUGUCCCGACCGAGUCCCGUCCAGGCCAUGUUGCGCUGAUCGCUGGGCUUUACGAGGACGUCUCUGCGGUUACCACAGGCUGGAAGCUGAAUCCCGUACAUUUCGAUAGCGUGUUCAAUCGCAGCAGACAUACUUGGAGUUGGGGAAGUCCGGACAUUCUGCCCAUGUUCGAGCAAGGCGCCGUGCCCGGCAGAGUGUAUGCAGACACUUACGAUGCCGAAGCGGAGGACAAUUCAAAAGACGCUUGGGUGCUGGACACGUGGGUCUUCGACAAAGUCAAAGCGCUCUUUGCAGAAGCCAAGUCAAAUGCCACGCUGGACGCCGAACUGCGCCAGGACAAGAAUGUAUUUUUCCUGCACUUGCUCGGACUAGAUACCACCGGACACUCCCACCGCCCGUUCUCGUGGCAAUACCUGCAUAACAUCCAGAUUGUAGACCAGGGUGUUCGUGAGAUGACGGAGCUGAUCGAGGGGUUUUACGAUGACGGAAAGACUGCGUUUGUGUUCACAGCAGAUCACGGGAUGAGCGAUUGGGGGAGUCAUGGAGACGGACAUCCAGACAAUACUCGCACGCCCUUGAUUGUUUGGGGUUCCGGGAUCCCGGCACCGGUUGUCAACAAGUCUGGCGUAGCGCGCGGCCAUGAGGACGGUUUCUCCUCUGACUGGGGACUAGACCACAUCGAGCGACACGAUGUCGCUCAAGCUGAUGUCGCCGCCCUCAUGGCGUAUCUGGCUGGCCUGGCUUUCCCAACCAACUCUGUCGGAGAGCUACCGCUUUCCUACCUAAACACAGACCUGAAAACAAAAGCCGAAGCUCUUCUUGUUAAUGCCCAAGAGAUCUUGGAGAUGUAUCAUGUGAAAGAGGGCUUGAAGAGGUCUCACGAGUUGCGGUACAAGCCUUUCCCUGGUCUGGGUGAUGAGACCCAUUCAGUGGAGUAUCGUGUUUCUCAGAUUCGUAAGGCCAUCGACAAGGGCGAGGCAGAAUACGCUAUUCGACAGAGUCAAGAGCUCAUUCAACUCGGUCUGCAGGGUCUGCGAUACCUUCAGACUUAUGACUGGCUAUUUCUCCGUACACUGAUAACUUUCGGCUAUCUUGGAUGGAUCGCAUUUGCCUUAACCACAGUCAUUGACCUUCACGUCCUUCAUGGGAAUUCGAAGACGAUUCGCACCGUAUCCAGCAAGGUCACUUUCUCUUCCAUACUAGUUCUACUGUAUUCUGUGCUAUUCAAGCAACAGUCGCCAUGGAUCUACUAUGCUUACGCGUUUUUCCCUGUCCUUUUCUGGGAAGAAGUCUGGGCUCGCCUUCCGGCGAUCAAGCAGGGCGGUAAAGUGCUCUUUGCUGGUGUGAGCUCGCCCGCAGACAUCGUCAGCCUGUCAUUCUCUACACUUGGUUUUUUUGGUCUUCUGGUUGCUUUGGGCGAGAGUUAUUUCACCCGAGAGAUCUACACCGCAUGCUACUUACUCGCAUCAAGUUGGCCGAUGUUCUACGGCGAAACCUUCAUGAAGAAGAACUACGGUGCUAUCUUCUCUUGGAUUGUGUCUUGCAUGUUGAUGAGCACGUUCACCUUGCUUCCAGCAAACAAGGCAGAGAGUCUAAGCAACAUUAUGUGUGGAGGUGCUCUUAUGCUCACCGUGGGCGUGCUUUACAUGGCUGUCAAAGCACUGAACGAUAUCUCGUCGAGCAACUUAGAAAGAGCUGACUCAGAUGGCGGUAUUGUACCCACAGUUAUUUAUGGAGCCCAAACAGGUCUAGUCGCUCUUGCUAUGAUUGUCACCAGAUCUAGUGUCAUCACGCUACGGGCUCGAGAAGGACUUGGCUCUGGUAACCUUUACGUGGGAUGGUUCACACUUUUGGCGUCGCUCGCUCUCCCAUCAGCGUAUCCACGACACGCCAACCGACAUUAUCUCCAGAGGCUGAUCGUCAUCUUCCUCCAAUUCGCACCAACGUUCAUCAUUCUCACCAUCUCAUACGAAGGCCUUUUCUACUUCUCAUUCUGCCUGUGUUUGUUCAGCUGGAUGCGCUUGGAACACAAAGUGCACUUACAUACAUCUAGCUCUUCGGACAAGGCUGCAGUUACAGCGAAUCCCCUGAAGCCAGCAGUAACAGCAGCGACAACCCGACUUACUGCGUUAAAGAAGGGCGAGUAUCGAUCGCUCACACUAGCGGAUGCCCGAAUUGCCCUGUUCUUCUUUUUCUUCAUCCAAUCCGCCUUCUUCAGCGCUAGCAACAUUGCGUCGGUCUCCUCCUUCUCUCUGGACGCCGUAUACCGCCUGGUACCCAUCUUUGAUCCCUUCUCCCAGGGCGCACUCCUCAUUCUCAAGCUCAUGGUACCGUUUGCCGCUCUGAGCGCCGCUUUCGGUCUCCUCAACCGUAGGCUCGGCGUUGCGCCUUCGGCACUCUUCAUGGUUGUGAUGGCCGUCAGUGAUGUCAUGACUCUGUCUUUCUUCUACAAGGUCAAGGAUGAGGGUAGUUGGCUGGACAUCGGGACUACGAUUAGCCACUUCGUCAUUGCCAGUCUGCUGGGCGUGUUUGUGGCUGGGCUGGAGUUGGUGAGCGAGGGCAUCAUCGGUGGUGUGGAAUUCGAUGAUGAAGGAACUCAAAAGCAUACGAAUGGCCAUGCCAAUGGGAAGGCGGGGGUCAAGCAUUCGGAUGAAAACGAUGCUAUCAAACAGACGUAGUUAGAAUGCGUUCUUGAUAGAGGAUUAAUCCCUCAAUAUGCUACCAUGCGGUCGCGGUAAUGCCUG